AGCUGUUUACGUAAAUCGGUCAUCAUUUGCAAAUCUAUCCUUGCGGUUUUUUCACAUAACACCAACAUUAUUCCAGAAAUCCUUUCUGUAGAAUGGCGAUAGGCGCCUUUCCGGCUGCCAAAUUAGGUGUUUUGGCUAUAAAACAAAUCAGCAAACCCAUAGCGAACGUAAUCAAGAGUAAUGCCAAGCAAAGUCCCACUUUUCGCAAAUAUGUCUGCAUGCCUCCGGCUCAGUUAUAUAACUGGGUUGAGGUGAAGACGAAAAUGUGGGCGUUGAAUCUCGGCAGACCGGUCGCCGUACCGCCGCUGAACGAGGCUAUGGCUAUUGAGCUGGGCGCGAAUUUGCUUGGUGAAGCAAUUAUAUUUGUGAUAGGCGCGGGAGUGUUGAUAUUCGAAUACACGCGUCAGUCUAGCAAUGAAGCCAAAAAGCAAGAAACCCUACGGCAAGAAAAAGCUGAACUCGCAUUGACACUGGCCGAAAUGGGUUUCCGUUUAGAGCGGCAAGAUGCACAAAUAAGGGAAAUGACACGGGCGCUGGCAGAUUUAGAAUCCCGAAACAUAUUCAAAUGGACCCGUGAAACAAUUGCCGAAUACCAGCCCUUCAACCCAAAUACUCCAGAUCAAACUAAUACGAUCGUAAAAGACUUCGAUGGUGACUAUGAUCCAAAGGAUGGCCUGCUCUAUCGAGCGUUGAAUUUCCUAGAGACGCGUGUUUUUAUCGAUGGAGACAAGAGCAAAAAACAAUCGGCUGAACUGCUGUCUGCCGACAAUGAAUUGGAUGUUAAACCAUAUGUAAAUGUGGAUAACAAGCAAGAUCAAAAUACUUUUGUUCCACAACAGCAACAACUAACGAAAUCACAAGCGCAGUGACUAGCCGAAGAACGUGAAAUAUUGCAAAUGAGAAAUAAACUAGCACAGCUGGAAUAUGUGAUUGAAACGGCUACCAUACAAAAAUAGUACCUACAUUUCACAGCAUUAACUUAAGCUUUUUUUAAGUACAUUUAAUAUUAUUUAGGUAGUUUGUUGCUCAGCUACAGUCACGCCUUUGUACAUGUACAAGUUUUACAGUUCAUCUCGAUGUAGGAUUUCAUUUGUACCCGCGUUUUCAAUUUGAUCCCGAAUCCAUGAGGAAGUGCUAUGUAAUAUCGCGAAUGUGCAUGUAUGUAUGUAUGUACAUACAUAUAUUGUAUACAUUUGGGAUUAAAAUUUUGUAAAUACUGCUUAUUUAGUAGGACAUAAAAAGUUGUUUGUUGCUUAAAAUUUGAAAGAAGUUUUAAAUAAAUAUGCACUUAUUUAUUGUGAAA